GGACUUUUGCUCAACACCACAAAUUACUGCCUAUGUCAGCUAGUAAAGCAUGAAUAGGGUAUCCCAUGUUUAAACUGACUCUAUCAGAAUAAACAUAGACUAUACACAUCAGGAAUUGACACUGUAGAGACGGUGAGAUCUACGAUUCAGUUGGUAGGAAGGCUCUUCCAUAUCAUCUUGUGGACCACCCACCAGGGUGUAAAUGGCUCCGGUAGAUGCGAAAGUUAAUCAAAUUGAGGCGUGGAGAUUCAACAUGCAAGUGGUUUAUGCGGGUGAGCCACUUAAGACAUUUGCAAAGAGAAAUCGGAAAAGAUAACGAUAGCUUUGAUACGGAUAGUAAUAUUUUCCGAAGACCGAUUAUCAAGAAAGGCUUCAAGCAUACUUUGGUUCAUACAUCAAUUCUACCUCUUCUGCAUUUGAAUCAGUCAAACAACUCAAUCCACUCCUCAUGUCACCACCACAAAAACCUCCAAAGCUACGACAUGCUUGUAAUGAAUGUCAUGCAUCUAAGGUCAGAUGCAGCGGAGAACGUACAGGAUGUCGACGGUGUGUAUAUAAUCAACAAAAAUGCACCUAUAGUGUCUCCAUGGUGGGAAAAGUGCAAGGCCAUCGGAGGCGGGCAGCAGUGACAGGAACAGCUCCUAGAUCUGGUGCCCAGUCAUUAAAUAUCAACACUUCAACAGAGAUAAUAUCCGUGGCAAACGCGGACGUCAUACAUGAUGAGGCCAACGGCAAUGAUUUGAACAGCAAGCCGAAUGAUGUACCUGUGGAAAGUAGUGAGGGCAUAACUUCUUCACCUGCGCAUUGCAGCAUUCUUCCAGGGGGAAACAACGGCAAAGUUACCACAAGCUCGGCACCAGAGAAUUUCUCGACGAGUUUGGAAAGCAUAGAUACAUCAUCUCUGGAGACUCCAAUAAUUGAACACGAAUUCUCAUGGGAUUUUAGUUCUGACGAAAGAGCUGAUGCCCUCAACUCGCUUGCGCUCGAGAACCCCUCGAAUGUAGAUAGCAUGAAGAAUCCGGAAUACGGAGACUUCGAAUAUGACUUUUCGAUUCAUGAAGUUCCUGCGACUUCUAGCUCUCAAGAUGAUAGCAGGAGUCCCAAGAGGCAAAUUGCUGAUCCAAUACCGAUUUCACCAGUUCCUAAAUUCUAUCCUUCUCGGAAAAGGACUCAUUCCGACUUGUCGGAAAAACAAGCUCAACACGCACAAAACGAUUUGCGAUGGAGAUCUCAAUCCCAAUCAUAUAAGCGUCCAACAAUUUCAACACAGCAUCAUAAUCAUAGCUUCUCUCGUGAGAUGUAUGAGUAUCCGGAGAGUAGUGCUUCCUUCGAUGCAGAUUGUAGUUUUGAUCGAGGUUCCACCUCCCACUCUACGACGAGUCAAACGAAUAUGAACCACCAAAGUAUGAAUCGAAUACCACAGACUACACAGAGUAACAGAAUCUCAUUUACAGCCCAAUCUCAUUACAUGGUCUCUUCCAUGUCCUCCUCGGUCACACAUUAUGAAGCUUCUUGGCGCUUCACAUCAAAAUGCUUCAUUAUAAUCAGCAAACUCCAGAAAUUACUUCGAGAUUCAUCUUCGCUAUCUCUAGAUGUAAUCCUUGCUACGAACAAAAGUGCAAUAUCUGAGCUGGCUCAAAUGUUUGAUAGCACAUUGGCUUCAAACACAGCAAGAAGCACAAGCCCGGAAGACUUUUUUUCUAUUCACUCUGAGAUUCAACCAAGUAAUACCUGUGAUACGUCACUAUCUACAGAUUUCAUCCCUUUAAUGGUUUAUAUGAUCGCGCUAAAAUGCAUCCACGAUCUCUACUCACAAGCCUGCUUCAUUUUUACUCAAGACGACCAUCGAAGUCGCUCACUCUCCACUCCAUCACCUCGAAACACUCCCUCCACCUCUAAUUCUCCAUUUUCAAAUCCUUUCGGGCUUCCACAACUCGAUUUUGGCACAUUCAAAAUCGACAUUGCUGAUCAAAGGAGACUAUUUUCAGAAAUUAUAGCAAGGGAGCUUGGAAAUUGCCUGAGUGCUUGUACGAGACUAAGGAGUUAUUUCUUGAUGCAGCCGGGUGAUAUAAGUACUUCGACAGGGUUGAUAGAAGAGAUGUUUUUGGGUAUCGAAGAGGGGUUGCAGUCGAUGAUAAAGCGGGUCAAGAUCUGAUCUAUGAGAAUUGGCCAAGAGAGUCAAGGUGUUGACAUGAUUUCAAUAUAGCAUUUUCUGUUUCCGUUUUGCUUUUUGAAUCUUGUUCUAGAAGCAGGAUGAUUAGAAUCAAGUUCAGACACUUCCUUUUCUUGUAUCCGUAGAAAGUCUAUAUAGUACAUCCUGAUACACUAUCACAAUUUGGGCUAUGGAAUGAGUUUAUUAGGUGUCAUGAAUUAGCCUAACUAGUCAUAUCUGUCUUCGCGUAUCAAUCCGACUUUUAUAUUUCCCCGAGUAUUAUUGAUUUUGCCCCUGGAUUAGCUCCAUUACACUCGUUUCAUAUACGAUCAGAGUUGAUGAGUGAUAGAAAGCACGCUAAGAGAACCAGGUGUAUUAGGUAAUCAGAACGAUUGAUGUAGUCAACUCUAACCGACAUCCCUACAUCUUACACA